AAUGUAGCGGGCAUCGUACAAUGCAUCAGUUAACAAUUUGUCGUCGAAUCAAACCCAGCAACAUGAUCGCCAUAAAGUCAACAACCAUCCUCCUACUGGUUGCCUGCGCAGUGGCGUACCCAUACCCGGAUGAAUGGGAGCCAGAAGGCCACUCACACACUGAGCACACCAAACCGUACCACGUUACUGUUGUCAAGAAGAUCGGCGUACCGAUACCGCAUCCGGUCGCUGUUUCGGUACCGCAGUAUGUGAAGAUCCCGAUUCCGCAGCCGUACGCUGUGCAUGUCACUGUGGAGCAGCCGAUUCAUGUCCCUGUUUACAAGGUCGUGCCCCAAAUCGUAGAGAAACCCGUGCCCUACACCGUGGAGAAGCCCGUGCCCUAUGAUGUCGAGAAGCCGUACCCCGUCGAGGUCGAGAAGAGGGUCGAGGUUCCCAUCCCCAAGCCCUACCCCGUCCACGUGCCGGUCUACAAACACAUCUACCACCACAAGGGAGGCAAGAAGCACUAAAAAAAGAAAAAAAAAGCUUGUACCGCAAGCGUAUUUUUCUA